AUGGCAGCCACUUCUGACAAGGCAGCUCAAAAUAUUGCUCUCUUGGAUGCGACAGUCGAAUCCACCUCCGACCUGAUUACCCAACUUCUGUCUUCCUUUCCCACCCUUGAAUCCACGAAUCUCAAUGCCACCAACUCCGAGACGAAAGAAAAAGACAAUCAAGCCGUCAAAGACCAGGAGAGGAACACCGUCGAUGCCUUGCAAUUGUCGCGCGACUCGGCGAGCUUGAUCAGAGCGCAUUCCACAAAGCUGUCUCUUCUGAUCAUCAGUGAACCUUUCACCCCCUCUGCCAUCACCACAAUACUGCGAGAACUCGUCGCAGGGCCAUUACCAGGUCUUGCAUCGGCGGUUCAACUUUGCAAUGCAUCGAAAUACACAAAGGCCAUGAGCAACGAGCUUCAUUGGAGGGCGAAGAAUGUUUUCACCGAGCUGCGCACUCUGGUGCAAGCCAUCCCUCGAGAUGGAAAGGUCCUUUCGACUGAUCAGAAAAAUGGGACUGGAGAUACGACGGGGAAAGGAAGCUUGUCGGCGACUGGUGUGGUAUGGGAAGCAUGCGACGCGCUGUUAGGGCUCCACGACCUGGGCGUCGCAGGGUUGAUCAUUAAGAAGACGGAGGAAUACAGGGACCUGGUCAAAGAUGCGCUCGAGGAGCUACAGGAAUGGGGUGAGGAACACUCGGACGAAGAGGAUGAUGAGGGUUCCAUUGCUGCUGUAGAAAGCGACGACGGCGUCGACAUGUCUGCCCAAAAUGCUCUGGACGACAUGUUUGGCUCUCAGCGACAUAUCCCCACGGACGAUCCAGAUAAGAUCAGACCUCGACUCGAAUCGUGUAACAAGCGUCUUCGAAUGAUCGUCCUUAUGUACCAAGCUGUAACCAAGCGGAGGCUGAAGACAUUGCCCACACUCCCCCAUCCGCAACUUCCUGCCGAAUUGGUGGCCAAGUCAAACGAGGAUCCUGGCAUUGCUAACUGCUUGGAUGAAAUUCUGGGAGUUCUGAAGAAAAUACCUGAUGUUACUGAUGAGCUGGCAAGUGCGUUCUAUGAUCUUGACGGUGAAGAGAUUGACAAAAGAAUGGAUCAAUGUUUCUUCACAGCUUUCGCUGCUGUGGAACUGUUGAUAAAAAACUGGGAAGGCGAACAAGACGAAUUUACCAUAUGGGCGAGAAAAUUUCAGCUGGCGAUGAAGAAAGGGUGGUAG